CAUGACUGAGAUAUGUUUGUUGCCCAGUGACAAGAAAUUCCUGAACAUCAUGCCUCUUACAACUUUUCAUGGAUUGCCCAAGUACAGCUUUGAGAUUCUGGAAAAAAAAACCCUCUAUAAUCAGGGGGGAAAGAAGAGGACAAAUUUUCAGAAUUGACAUUAGUUCUUAAGAAAGGCAACAGAGGUAGAUUCAAGGAAUUCUUCACUCUUAAGACUCCUCAGUCCCCUGAGUGAGUUUGUUUUGUUUCCCUGAGUGAAAGUGAAGGCUUCUGUGUCUUCUCUUAUGAUCCAGAAAUGAGUGCCUUGUUCUCAUCCAUUCUCACCAUUUUCUUAGUGGUUUCGCCUAUUAAUAAUGUGGACCCAGUCCAGUUGGCAGUGAAUGGCCCACUCCACCCAGUCACCGCUGCGCUGAAUGAGGACAUUGUGCUGCAUUGUCAUCUUUACCCCAGGACAAGUGCUCAGAAUAUGGAGAUAAAAUGGUUCCGCUCCCAGAACUCUUCAUAUGUAUACUUUUAUCACAGUGGCAAAGAUCAUUUGGAAAGGCAGCAGCCUGAAUACCAAGGAAGGACAGAAUUUUUGAAAGAUGGCCUUGGUGAUGGAAAGAUAGCUUUGAAAAUUCUAAAUGUCAGCCUUUCUGAUGAGGGACAAUACCACUGUUCUGUUAAAAAUGGUAGUUUCCAUCAGGAAGCCAUGGCCACGUUGAACAUGAAAGUGACUGCUUCAGGCACUGGUCCUCAUAUAUACAUUGAAGGAUAUCAAGAUAGAAGCAUCCGAAUUAUUUGUCAAUCCAAUGGUUGGUACCCAAAGCCUGAGAUUCUGUGGAGACAUCCCAAUGAGAAACAUCUACUUUCACGGGCUACAAAAAAUUCCCAGAAGCACAAUGGGCUGUUUGAAGUACAAAAUGAUAUAAUCUUAACAGGAAGUUCAAAUCAGAACUUGACCUGUGUGAUCAGGAAUAUCCUCCUCAACCAGGAAAAGGAAGCAACCAUUCAUUUAGCAAAUCACUUAUUUCCAAAAACCUCUCACUGGAUAGUGGUUCUGUGUGUCUCCCUGAUGGCUGUGCUUGGCCUUAUUGUCGUCAUCCUUUACCUGUUUAACCAAGAGAAAAAGCUUGCUGCGGAACUUAAGUGGAGGCAGUUGGUGAUGCCGGUAGAAAAAGCAACUACUAUAACUCUGGAUCCAGACACAGCGAACCAUGAGCUUAUCCUGUCUGCAGACCGGAAGAACGUUAUUCAAGGGUUCAUGUGGAACAGACUGCCUGACAAUCCUAAAAGAUUCAGUGCUGAACGUUAUGUGUUGGGAAGUGACGGAUUUUCCUCAGGGCGGCACUACUGGGAAGUGGAGGUGGGGGAUCAUGGGUAUUGGGCUGUGGGGGUGGCUCGAGAGUCUGUGAGGAGGAAGGGGAAGCUCUGCCUUGACCCCAAAGAAGGAAUCUGGGCUGUGGAGAAGUAUCAUUUCCAAUACCAAGCGCUGACCAUCCCCAAGACUCCUCUCUCUCUGCAGAAGAGACCCAGGAAACUUGGGAUUUAUUUGGACUAUGAGAUGGAACAGGUGGCGUUCUAUGAUGUCAAUCACAAGACACUCAUAUUUAGCUUCUUCUCAGCUGCUUUCAAUGAGGAGAAGAUCUUCCCUUUCCUGCAUGUGGGGGUAGGGUGCUGGCUUACCCUGUGCCCCUGAAGCCUUCUUUGCAAGUGGAUCAGUAGACCAACUGUAACCUGAUAUGGCAGGGCCAUCAAGCACAGACUACCCCAGGGAACUGCUGCCUCUAGCUCUCCAUGGGAGUCACAGAACUCCUUCUCCUGGCAGCUCUCCUCCUGGACUGGUCCCUCUUCACUGGCCAGCUCUGGUUUAUAUAACCCUUGGCAGGUGGGGCAAGUCUCGUGAGAACUCAGGCCAAGCUCUCACGAGAGUUGCUCCUAUCCUGCAAUGACUUGCUGUCUUAAAGCAACGGUGUGCUGUUAUCAUGUGGGGGCCAGGCAGAUGCUCCCUGGCCGGGGCAAGCAGCCACCUCCAGGGCUGCAGGGUUGGGAGGAACCAACAACAGUCACAUUGGGAGGGUAGGUUCCCGAGUGCCAGCCCAAUCUCUUGUAGUAGCCUCUCGGGGAAUCCCUGACAGGCAUACAAUUAGAGAAGUGUUGCUGAAUAAUUGAGAUAGUUGGUAUUUGGGUCUGUUUCAUGGUCUGGUUCUCUAUCUAGAAGUUCUACAUUCAACUAAAGGUUCUACAUUGUAUCCUUAGAGACUUACAACCAAUUCUUGAGAAUGUCCUAUCCCUCAGGAAGGCAGUUGGAAGAGACUUUUGCUUGCUUAUGGACAACCCCCGAAUCUUAAGAAUGAUCAACCGUCUCCUAAUUCUGAGCAUCCAUUCCUGUUGUGAUGACAGACUCUAGUUCAGGACCCCCACUGUUCCAUAGGAUCAAUAAGAUGGAAAUGAUAGGUUGUUCUAGUAAGAACUAAUCUGCCUACUUUCCUUUCACUAUCCCUACAACGGGACUAAAUCUGGUCCAAUCAGGCAGGUCACAUUCAAAGUUGUGAACUGCACCUCAAAUGUUCAUGCAUCCACUAUCUCGAAUUGGGGUGGAUGAAUAAUCACAAACUACGCCAUUGAGGUGUCCUGAUGUGUUCCUACAGCUGUAGAAAAUGUGGUUCAAAUCUUGAAUUGGAGUGUAUGACAUCAUCACAAACUAUGUUGUUGAGGUGCCCCUCUGUGUCCCUACAACCGUACCAGAUUUGGUCCAAAUCAAUUCCCACUUGCACUUCAAACAUUCAUGUGUCCACCAGUUUUAAUUAGGGUGGAUGACAUCAUUACAAACUAUGACCUUGAGCCAUUCUGUGUAUCCCUACACCUGAAGCAAAUUUGGUUCAAAUCGCUUAGGCGGUUUACAAGUUAGCCCAAUUGCGCCUCACAAUGUUCACGCAUCUGCCAUAUUGAAUUGGAGUGGAUGACAUCAUCGCAAACCAUGCCAUUGAGGUAUCCCUGUGUGUCACUCAUUACAUAUGUACCAAAUUUGGUUUAAAUUGGUUAGGCGGUCGACAUGUUAACCCUCUUGCUCUUCAAAUUUUCAUGUGUCUGCCAUCUUGGAUCUGGGUGGAUCAUACAUUUACGAACUAGACCAUUGAGGUGCCCCUAUGUGUCACUCAUUACAACUGUACCAAAUUUGGUUCAAAUCGGUUAGCCUACUUGCGCCUCAAAGGUUCAUGCGACUGCCGUCUUAAAUUGUGGUGGAUGCAUCAAACUAUGCCAUUGAGGUGUCCCUAUGUUUCUCUACAGCUGUAGCAAAUUCAGUUCAAAUUGGUUAGGCAGUUCUCAAGUUAGCCCACUUGUGCCUCAAACAUUUACUCAUCCACCAUCUUGAAUCAGGGUAGUCAUCAUCAUGGAUGGACCACCUCUUCAGGGGUGUAGGACCUAUUAGGUCCACCCAAGAAGGCUAUUGGAUCCUAUAGGAUUUCAAGAGACCUUGGAGGGUUUUAGAGUUGGUUCUGCCAGUGAUUCUGUAGAUGCCCUGGUGGAGACCUGGAAUAGGGAGCUUAUCAGGACAGUAGACACUAUCACUGCUAAGUAUAUUUUUCCAUUCCACUUCAAACUGGCCUCAUGGUACACUGAACAGCUAUGAGAACUGGAGCAGCAAGCAGCUAGAGUGUAAGUGGAGGAAGACUUGACCUGAAUCCGAUAAGACAUGACGCAAAGCCCACAUGAAGGCUUAUUCUGUGGCAAUAUAUGCAGCAAAGACCCCCAACCCCGCCACCCUCUCUGUAAAGUGUAUUAGAAAGUAAAUAAAAUGGAGCCAGAAGACAUAGCCUGAAGACUAGAAUGUCAGUGGAAAGGUAUAUUUUGCUGGCAUGCGUGAAAGUCUCAACUAAGUGGUGAAACAAAUGUGCAGAGAAAGUUGCAGUAGAAAUGUAUCUACAUUGCAAGCGGUGAAACAGCAUUAUUAUUGUGCUCAAUAGAAGCUAAGCUAGUCAAAUUGUAGCCACUGCAAAACAAUGAACGUUCUCAUUGCUUUUCAGACAUGUGCAGUGUGCCAGCAGCUGCUUGCAUGUAUUGCUAAAAGUAUGACUUUAACAAAUAUGCUUGGAGAACUCUAGUCUUGGACUUCAGCAUAAUAACUGCUUGGCAGCUGUUGGCAGGGGCGUAACUAUAAUAGGGCAAGGGGAGACAGUUGUCUGGGGGCCCACUGCCUUGGGAGGCCCCCAGAGGCAAGUCACAUGACUGACUCCCCCAGCUGCACAACCGCCAGGGCUUCCUUCAGUUGUAUCCAUCCUCCAAAAUUGAUGUGAGUGUUAAGACGUGGAGCUACCAGAACAGCAUGUCUUUCUCUAGUACCAUUAAAUUACUUGCAUUGUCCACAAUUUACAAAACCUUUAAAAAAAUAAUUUAGAAUGAUGUUCUGUUGUGGCACAAAAAUAUAAAAUUUGUACUCUGCUUUUUGUUACCACUAUUCAGCCUUAUUUAAGAUUUCUUUACUUCAUGAGCUGAGCUUCAGUGAGGGGUGGGGGGGCAUUUUAAAAUCUUGUCUCUGGGCCCACUCUAACCUUGCUACACCCCUGGCUGUUGGCACUUGGCCUGGUUCAGCUAAACUGUGAUUUCUUAGUACUAAAAUAAAGUUUGAUUG